UGCACUUUAAGGUGCUAAUGACCACAUGUGGGCAGCUUGUACAUUAGUGGUGAUCCUGCCCUCAGCUGCUUUUUGUCCCCAGUGGGAUCCAUGCUCAGUCUGGCCCCAAACUACCUCUGCUAAUCCCACCAGAGCAGAGGAAGAGGAUCUGCGGUGAGCAAACUCACGCCUCACUCACACCUGCCCACCUGAGAGCUGGGAGCAGAGUGCAACACCUGAGAGGACACCAGCAGACCUGUCACCAUGGACUUUUUCAUCCAGCUGCUGUUCUCUCCUCUCCCGACCCCGGUCAUCAUCUCGCUGUUCGUCGUGUUUGCUGCGACUUUGUUUUACCUGAACACUCGACCCAGCCCCAUCAGGAGCCCUGUCGACCUCAAAUGCCAAACUAUGGGCAUCAAGGAUGGAGCAAGAAAGACGGCGCUGCUUGAAGACAACAACAACCUGACGUGUUAUUACUAUGAUGAUGCCAAGACGCUCUAUGAGGUGUUUCAGAGGGGCCUGAAAGUUUCAGGAAAUGGACCAUGUCUGGGCUACCGGAAACAAGGAAAGCCAUACCAGUGGCUAAAAUACAGACAGGUGUCUGAUAGAGCUGAGCACCUGGGGUCAGGGCUGAUUCACAGAGGUUUACAGCCCAACCCGGACACGUUUAUCGGCAUCUUCGCUCAGAACAGGCCAGAGUGGAUUAUCAGUGAGCUUGCCUGUUACACGUACUCCAUGGUAGCGGUCCCCCUGUACGACACCUUGGGUCCUGAGGCUCUGGUGUUCAUUAUAAACCAAGCUGAGAUCUCCACGGUUCUCUGUGACAAUCAGACCAAAGCAGAAACCUUGGUGCAGACCAGGGAGAAAGAUCAGAUCCCUGUCCUGAAAACCAUCAUCAUCAUGGACUCAUUCAGCCCUGAGCUGGUGGAGAGAGGACAGAAGUGUGGGGUCGACAUCGUGUCUUUAGAGGAUGUGGAGGCUCUGGGGAAAAGUAAUCGUCAUGAACCAGUUCCACCAAAACCAGAAGACCUCAGUAUUGUGUGCUUCACCAGUGGCACAACAGGUAACCCAAAAGGAGCGAUGUUGACCCAUGAGAACGUGGUCUCUGAUGCUGCAGGUGUUAUGAAAUCCAUUGAGUCAUCAAUCAUCCCCAGUACAGAGGAUGUCAGCAUCUCAUUCCUGCCUUUAGCUCACAUGUUUGAGAGAGUGGUACAGACAGUGGUGUACAGCGUAGGAGCGAGGGUGGGCUUCUUCCAGGGAGACAUCCGGCUGCUUCCAGACGACAUGAAAACUCUCCAGCCCACCAUUUUCCCAGUGGUGCCUCGUCUUCUCAACCGCGUCUAUGACAGGGUCCAGAGUGGAGCCAAAACACCUUUCAAGAAGUGGCUGCUGAACUUUGCAGUGGACAGAAAGUAUGCUGAAGUGAAGGAUGGUAUCAUCAGGAAAAACAGUAUCUGGGACAAACUCAUCUUCAACAAAGUUCAGGAGUCUUUUGGUGGCCGAGUGCGUUUCAUGGUGACAGGAGCAGCUCCCAUCUCUCCUGCUGUUCUUAACUUCCUGAGGGCCUCGCUAGGCUGCCAGAUCUUCGAGGCAUACGGUCAGACUGAGUGCACGGCCGGCUGCACCUUCACCAUGCCAGGAGACGCUACCUCAGGACAUGUCGGAGUCCCUCUGCCCUGUAAUGUGGUGAAGCUGGAGGAUGUUGAAGAGAUGAACUACUUUGCUUCAAAUGGAGAAGGAGAGGUUUGCAUCAAGGGCCGAAACGUGUUCAAAGGCUACCUGAAGGACCCGGAGAAGACUGCAGAGGCUCUAGAUGAGGAUGGCUGGCUGCACACAGGAGACAUUGGAAAAUGGCUUCCAAGUGGAGUUCUCAGGAUCAUCGACAGGAAGAAGAACAUCUUCAAGCUGGCUCAGGGCGAGUACAUCGCUCCAGAGAAGAUCGAGAACGUGUACGUUCGCAGUGGACCUGUGGCCCAAGUGUUUGUGCACGGAGACAGUCUGCAGUCCUGCCUGGUCGCCAUCGUGGUCCCUGAUCCUGAUGUCCUGCCUGGUUUUGCCAAAAAUCUGGGACUUAGCGGCUCCAUGGAGGAACUCUGCAAAAACAAGGAGUUGAAGAAGGCCAUCCUCUCAGACAUGACCAAACUGGGCAAAGAAGCAGGACUCAAGUCCUUCGAGCAGGUUAAAGACAUGUACCUCCAUCCUGAGCAGUUCACCAUCGAGAACGGUCUGUUAACUCCAACGCUCAAAGCCAAGAGAGCCGAGCUCAAAGCUCUGUUCCAGCCACAGAUCGACACACUGUACGCUAACCUCUAAUAAAAGAAUGUUAACCUGGUUAAA